GAGAAAGAGCAAGAGGAAUUCUGGUCCGUUUUAUUGGGAAUAUUCAGCGUAGAGUGGAAAAAGGAGUCAGGCAGACACAUGAAACAAAACAAAGAAAGAAAAAGGAAAACGAACAUCUGAAACAGUUGUAAAAGCGAGAAAACCAAAGAAGAAAUAGAGAUUAUUGGGAGACAUGGGGUGUUUCUUGCUUUAGAUUAGUCUUUCUUCACUCCCAUGACUCAGAGAGGAUUCCAGCCACAUCCAGCCGCUCGGGAGGAGUUGAUGGGGGGAACGGAGCCGAGGGGAGCAGAGUGAACGCGCGUGGCUGAACCAUGCCAGCCUUGUGGAUCAUAACUUUGGUCAUCACUUUAAACCCAGUGUGGUGUGUGCGGUUCUCCCAGGAGCCUGCUGACCAGUCGGUGGUGCUGGGGGAGAGGGUGGUGUUGUCCUGCGUGGUGUUCAACUACACUGGCAUAGUCCAAUGGACCAAGGACGGCCUGGCCCUCGGCAUCGGAGAGGGUCUUCGAGCCUGGCCAAGGUAUCGCAUUCAGAGAUCGGACAUCGGUCAGUUCAAUUUGGAGAUCACCAGAUCGGAGCUCUCUGAUGACUCCAUCUAUGAGUGUCAGGCCACAGAGGCCGCCCUGCGAUCCCGGAGGGCCAAGCUCAAUGUGCUCAUCCCCCCUGAGGACCCUGUGGUGGAGGGAACGCCGGAGCUCCUGCUGAUGGCUGGAACUCCAUUCAACCUGACCUGUUUGACCCGCGGGGCCAAGCCUGCAGCGCACAUCCAGUGGACCAAAAAUGGAGUCCCUGUGGAGGGAGCCUACCACUCCACGGAAGUGCUGCCAGACAGAAAGAGAGUGACAAGCAGGAGCUACCUGCCCAUCACUCCGGUCGACACUGACAGCGGCAGCAAUUUCACCUGCGUGGCCAGCAAUCCAGCUGUACCGAUGGGGAAACGAGUCACUGUCACUCUCAAUGUCCACCACCCCCCCACAGUGACCCUGUCCAUCGAGCCUCGUUCCGUCCUGGAGGGGGAAAGAGUCACCUUCACCUGCCAGGCCACUGCCAACCCCCCCAUCAUGGGCUACAGGUGGGCUAAAGGUGGUGUUCUGCUGGAGGGGGCCAGGGAAAGUGUGUUUGUCACUACAGCGGAUCACUCCUUCUUCACCGAGCCCGUGUCUUGUCAAGUGUUCAACGCAGUGGGAAGCACAAAUGUCAGCAUCCUUGUGGACGUGCACUUUGGCCCUAUACUGGUAGUGGAGCCCAGACCAGUCACAGUGGACGUGGACUCAGAUGUGAUUCUGAACUGCAAGUGGUCCGGAAACCCUCCUCUCACCCUCACCUGGACCAAGAAAGGCUCCAGCAUGGUGCUCAGCAACAACAACCAGCUGCAUCUGAAGUCCGUGUCUCAAGCGGAUGCAGGGCAGUAUGUCUGCAAGGCCAUAGUUCCCCGCAUAGGAGUGGGCGAGACCGAGGUUACGCUCACUGUCAACGGCCCCCCUAUCAUCUCCAGUGAUGCGGUUCAGUACGCUGUCAGGGGGGAGAGAGGAGAGAUCAAGUGUUACAUCGCCAGCACCCCCCCACCUGAUAAGAUUGUUUGGGCGUGGAAAGAGAAUGUGUGGGAGAAGGAGAAAGGCACCCUGAUGGAGAGGUACACAGUGGAGCAAAGUAAACCUCCAACUCAGGGAGGAGCUGUCCUCUCCACCCUCACCAUCAACAACGUGAUGGAGUCUGACUUCCACUCCCCGUACAACUGCACCGCCUGGAACUCAUUUGGACCCGGAACCAUGAUCAUCACUCUUGAGGAGAAAGAUAAUGUUCCAGUGGGAGUUAUCGCUGUCAGUACGGUGGGCUCCUCCAUCCUGCUGAUUAUGCUCCUGCUGGUGCUUGCCUUCUUCCUGUACCGCCAACGCAAAGGCACUCGGCGUGGCGUCACCCUCGGUAAACCAGACAUCAAAGUAGAAACAGUCAAUAAAGAGACCAACAGCCUGGAGGAGGAAGCAACCAACGUCUCCACGGCAACCAGGAUGGUCAAGGCCAUGUACUCGUUUUUGCCCUCUGUUUCCCUCUCUCCCUCCACUCAGCCGUUCAAAGACGACAUGGACCUGAAGCAGGACAUCAGAAGUGAGAGCGACACGCGGGAGGAGUAUGAGCUCAAGGAUCCGACCAACGGCUACUACAAUGUCCGAGCCACCACGCAUGACGAGGCCCGUCCCCAGACUCGUGUCGUCCACUACCAGGGUGACUUUCGCCCACAAAACCCAGGCAGCGUGCUCUCUGGCGCCACUUCCAGUGGAAAUUCGCCUGCCACCAGCGGUGCAGUUCCCCCCAGCACGGUGCCAGGAUCGAGGGCAGGGUGCUAUGAUCCCCGCCCACCUUCCAGGAUGUCCCACUCCACCUAUGCUCAAUUCAACACCUUUACCCGAGCUCCGCAGAGUCAGCAAGCGCCGCCCAACACAGCGCUCCAGUCACCUGGAGAUUACCCUGGGGGAGACUGUGGUCUGCUUGACAGCACAACCCAGCUUCCGUAUGACAACUAUGGAUACCCCUCCCAGUACGCCACCUACCGCAUGGGCUUCGCUCCUCCCGUAGAGGAACCUCCAGCCUAUGAGAUGUAUGCAACAGGACAAGGGACGGGCCCAGGCCUAGGAGCUGGACAGCAGAGUCCUGAAACGGGGCUGGGAAAGUAUGGAAGCUCCACUCGCUUUUCAUACUCCUCUCCACCCUCCGACUACUCCCAGAGACACACACAACGGAUGCAGACUCAUGUGUGAAAAAAGGGAGUUUCAGAGUUGCUUUUUGAAGCAUAUGAACACAAAUGUCAUUUUGUAUAAACCCCCGCCUUUUUUAACAUGAAGAAAACCAGUUUUCCAUCUGUAACAACCAACAGUGUAACUUUUUUGUCUUCAUAUAUUUUUUAUUUUAUUUUGCUUUUUGGAUCCAUGAUUCAACACAAAGCUUUGCAGUUUUAGCAGUGUUGCAUAAGACACAGAAGCAAUACAUGCAACCAGCUGGAACAAAAGCAAAAGCGAAAACCACAAUCAAGAAGAAAAGAAAAGAAACAACAAAGAGCACUUUGAAGACGGGAAGAAAAGGACAUUUUUGGGUACAGACCUAACUUGCUCUUAAAGCCUCCAUCAAAAGUUCCCUCCACUCCAUCUCUGUAAAUAAGUGCAAUUUAGGUUGGAGUUGUUUUGAUUAUAUUCCUUCUGUAAAUCGUAUGCCUAUAGUGGCGAUGUGGUCAGGCUAAUUACACUCACAUGCAGCGUCGGAGCAGCUUGGACUACAAAUAGGAGUGGCAAUUUUUGAUUCCUCACUAAAAUCUGCCCACUUCACUGUGCAUGAUCUACCUUUACUGAAAUGGUACUGAGUUUUCGAGGGUUGUGCAGCGAUUGACCAGCGUGCCAGUUCUUAUGUGCCAACACAACAAAACAUGUCUUCUUCCCUAAAGUGUGGACAAUGAGGUGCUCUGGAUGCCCAGAUUUUGUAUUUGCCUAAUCUUCAGUGUGAAGAAAGGAGCGGUAGCAAAUGACUGUGUGCUCCUGCACCUCUGCAUAUCUCAUUUUUAUCAUCCCCAUGCUUUUCUCUACUUACAAGGUCAGUGCUUGCCUGAGUUUGUGAAAUGAGGUAUGGUGGGAGUGCGUUUUCCUUCUACGAAUUAUUGCAAUUUGUACAAAAAGAUACCUCCCUUAACCUCUAGUGUCAAAAAAGUCUGUUUCUCUCACUUGCACAGUAGAAUACUUUUUUCUCCAUUUUUCUACAGAAGCAUAUGAAAAAAGGCAUUCAUAAGCAUUUUAUAAUAUUUUUAUAAGGAGUUGUGGACCAAAGGUUCAGCAUUUUGGCCGACACUUAUUGAUCAGAUGAAUGAGGCGAUGUGGUCGUGUUGGAAACGGUCACAGCUCCUUUGAGAAAGGAUGGAUGGUGUUUUUAAAGUGGAUGUGGUAGACUUUAAUUAGAAAACUUUAAGAGCUUCACUUCAAAAUGAUAAAUAUCCAGCUGGAGCAAAUCUCCCUGAUGGAUACAAUUGUGUGGCGUGAAACUCUUCCUUUGACUUCCAGUCUUCUGACUGGACUGCCUUUAUCACAUGCUGACAACAUUCAAAAUGAUGGAUGGAGAACUAGCAGCUGCUCAGUUUGAGCUUUCCUAUAAACUUUGUAAGCGUCAAGAAAUGUCAAGCAAAGUCUAACAUAUCAAACUGAUCGUGUGGUACACUUUGUUCUCUCACAAUUAUAUUUCAUUAUGCUGGGUUCUCUUAUUUAGAAAAAAAAAGGUUUCCAUUAUAGGAAUGUUAGUAUUUGUUACAUGUUAAGGUCAGUGUUUUGGGUCUAAAUAACAUAAAUUUUACCAAAAAAA